AUGCCCAGUGAAGAGGAUGUUGCAUAUGACGAGAAUCUUCUGCUGAUAGUUGCGACCAAGGCGAAGAUUGCAGACUCCAGUAUACCUGCGCGCAGAGUGCAGCUCUUCCUGGUAAAGAUAACGGACGGCAAGAUGAAGGCCCUGAUGUAG